GGGUGGGGAAGCAGACGCUAGUAUAUCGACGGCUUCGGCUUCGGCAGGAUAGCCUUUUGUGGCUCCCUUAUAAGAGCAAGAGACGCGGAAAGGAAGUAAUCAACUUGGCCGGCUUAGUGUUCUUCAAUCAACGCGAAGUUGUAAGACAAUGAGUCAAACAGCAAUUGAGCUUGAGCGCUUUGGCUCAAACGCAAGAACGACACCGGAUACACAACCGGGGCAACAGGAAAAUGGAAAUGCCCAAAGCUCUCCGCAGGAAUUCUCACUGCCCCCCGUCGACUCAGGGAAGGAUGCUUGGCUUUUUCUGGCGGCGUGCUGGGCAGUUGAGGCAUUAGUAUGGGGUUUCGGCUUUUCGUUUGGAAUUUUCCAGGACUACUACAGUAACCAUGAGCCGUUCAUAGGAGAAGGCAAUAUCGCAGUUAUUGGUACAUCUACACUAGGAACUAUGUAUAUCGGAACACCCAUUGUGAUAACAUUUUGUCGACUAUAUGCUCGUCGAGCUCGCUGGUUCACUCAGGCCGGGCUUUUUAUGGCCUCGUUGGUGAUCGCGCUGAGUUCUUUCUGUACCACGGUGCCGCAGCUCAUUGCCACUCAAGGUAUUCUUUUUGGCAUAGGCGGCUGCUUUGCAUAUACGCCUUGCGUGUUGUAUAUUGACGAAUGGUUUGUGAAGCGCAAGGGAAUGGCCUACGGAAUCAUGUGGAGUGCUGCAGGGUUUGGAGGCGUUGUUCUACCACUUCUUUUUGAAGUGUUAUUGAACAAAUAUGGCUUUCGAACGACAAUGCGCAUCUGGGCUUGCAUUCUAUUUGGUGCCUCGUUUCCUCUCGCCUUCUUCGUCAAACCUCGACUUCCUUACUCGGCCGCAACGCAUACGAGACCCUUUAACAUGCGCUGCGUACUAACGAGGUUCUUCGCGCUGCACCAGAUCGCCAACACAAUCCAAGCGACCGGCUACUUCCUGCCCAGCAUUUACCUCCCUUCGUAUGCUCGAAGGGAGUUCGGCGCCUCGACUUUCUCUUCUGCACUUACCGUCUUACUAGUCAACAUAGCGUCGACUAUCGGAUGUGUAAUCAUGGGUUCAAUGACCGACAAAUUGCACACCACCACCUGCAUCAUUAUUUCGGCCGUCGGCGUUGCGCUUAGUGUAUUUCUCAUAUGGGGUUUGUCCUCGUCAUUGCCCGUUCUUUACCUAUUCUGUGUCAUGUACGGCCUUUUUGGAGGCUGUUGGACGGCAAUCUGGCCAGGUAUAAUGCGAGAGAUAAGCCGCAAAGGUGAACUUAGUGGUCAGUAUGUUGAUUCCACAAUGGUUUUUGGCUGGCUUUGCGUCGGACGGGGCAUAGGGAACGUCAUAUCGGGUCCUCUUAGUGGCUCAUUGUUAAGCGCUGGUAGCGCUUGGGCUGGACAUGUGAGUGCCGGAUUUGGAAGUGGUUAUGGCGGCUUGAUCGUUUAUACUGGUAUGACGGCCUUGGUUGGCGGAAGCAGCUUCAUCUGGAAACGUCUGGGUUUCCUUUCAUAAUAACUCUGGAAUGGGCUUUCAGUAGGGUGGCAUGCGUACUCGUCGUGGUCCACUAGAAACGGACGGUGCCAACGAUGGAGCUUGGGGCAGAACAGCUGCUAGAUGUAGUAAAUCAACAAAGCCAAGUAAUCAUGCC